AUCGCGCGAAGACGAUCUACGUCGCGUCGCUCGUCGCUGUCGCGUGCAUUUUCGCGCUUAUGAGGUUUGGCCUUUAGUGCCAAUUCUGUUUGACAUUUUUUUUUUUUUUCUGUGUUGGUAGGUCCUUGAAACCGUGAAUGUAUCGACGCGAUUUCGGCGUGCCUGCAUAUUCACUCGUGCACCAAUGCGCGUAGCAGGUGCGUCCACUGUUAAAGGCUAAGAAACGCAUUAAACGCGCUAAAAACGAGCAAUUACACGCUUUCACACGCUCGGGCACGCGCGCUCCCAUUGCAGACGCUCCCGAAAUAUUUAAUAAAACAGCACAACGACUACGCAUGGCUGUUCGGCGUGUUGUGAACGUCGCUGUGUCGAUAUUUGUGUCCGGUUUUGCCGUUUGUACUGCCGGCCAGCUUGCAAGUUUCCUCUCAUGGAGCAGUUCAAAUAAUGCGGCGAUCCAAGUAUAUCGCAGCCCUCUAAUAUGCGUGCUGUGGGAUGUUGGCCUUGCACUGCAGUUCUGUUUUCAGCACAGUGUCCUCUGCUGGCCCAAAGUGUGUUCAGCAAUGGAUCACAAUUGUGGAGCUCUCUCGAGGAGUGCUUAUUUGAUGACCAGCUGCCUGUCAUUAAAGCUACUGAUGCUGCUGUGGUUGCCCCUGGACAGUCACAUCUUAUGGGCCAUAAAGGAGGAUUCUCCUCUCUCAUGGACACUUGCUACCAUCCAUAUUAUUUGCUGGGCUGCUAUCUACAUUGGUUGCAUCAUCAGUGACCUUGGUGAGCUGGCUGGAAUUAAACAGGUUUGGAGCGGCGCAGAGAGCAGCACGUACAACAGCUCAAAGUCAUCGCAGUUGGAGCACUUUUUGCAACACAUGAGGCACCCCAGUUUGGUCGCACUGAGUGUCAUUCUCUGGUUUUACCCUAUUAUGACCCUAGACAGAGCUGUCCUGGCUCUAAUUUUCACCAUCUAUCCUUUUGGCUGGUUCAAGACCCAAGUGGAAGACUACAAAUACUGCCAUUGCUUCUGGAGGUCUAAGCUUGUGGGCCUGUUGCCCAAAGCUCUGUUGUAAUCAGUGACAAGGCUAGAUCAUCAUGUAGAUGACACAUUGGACAUCGCUCGAGGCUUGCUUUGUGCACAAAUUUCAGCAUUAUGUAUGUAGUAUUAUUCUCACUCGUGUAUUUACCACAGCAACCAAGCUUUCAUCUGGUUAUCAGAAACACAUACACCCUUGUGUUGUAGCUAUAUAUCAUUUUGAUUACCUCUAUUGCUAUUUGUGUAGUGUAUAUGACAUCAUUUAUUAUAGCAUUUAUGUAGAAGGAUAAGCACUUCUAUAUAAACUGCAACAAAUA